GGGCCCUGCCUGCAAGGUUUCUGUGAAUCUCACGUUGAGCACUGUGCGUCGCCAUGCCGCAAGCUAACGUGGUUGGGAGUUGGGAACCAGUAAGUCCUGUCGCUUCUUGGGACUUUGACGACAAGCAGGGCUUUCACUUCCCUGGUCGCGAGCUUCGGGAAAGCGUGUACAGUCGCUUGAUCCCUCAACAAUGGUCUUGGCGUAUCGUGUGUGUCGCGUCCAUCCUUCUCGUGGUGUUGGUCUUAUCAGGAAAACUGUGGGAGUCAUCUGGAACAGUGGCUCUGACCGAUCGGGAAGUCAUGGCAAUGUGGCGGCACACCACAAAGUUUAACCCCAGCCAGAUUCCAAAUGCGAGCUACGAGACUACUCCGUGGGUGAUCCAUCGCUUCGCUCGGGGAAAUUCACCGCAGAUCUGUAUCCAGUGCGUCGUGAUUUCUGGAGACAUUAUCCACACCAGGAAGAGAUUAGAUGCGCAUCGAUUGCAACUGGAGUAUGCUCAACGUCACGGCUACGAUCUCUACACCUAUGUCGGGGAUGAGGAGAACAUCAAGCAGGGGACCACAAGGUACGUUGACUGGUACAAGUUGCUAUCGACCCAGGAAUUGAUCGAGAGUGGGACCACAGGUUGCGACUACAUCUUUUGGAUCGACCAGGAUUCAGUGAUCAUGAAUAUGUCCUUCCCCUUGGAGAGUCUGAUCCAUUGGAAUGGCAUGCACGACACCGACGCGGUCGUCACCGCAGAUACCUUGGGUGUGAACACGAUUCAAGGGCUCUGGAAGGUGUCCCGUUUCACGCGUGACUUGAUGGUGGACAUGUGGAGUAUGUGGCAACCAGGUGGCAUCAAAAACAACCCUCCACUGCACGCGACUGGAGCUUUAGCGUCCAUUCUUGGCGGAUGCCAGCCACAUGACACCGUGCAACAGAAGAAGGCUUGCUACUUUGUGAUGGAUCUUGGUUGGCGAGAUCAAGUCUUUGCAAAGCAAGUCUAUUAUGCUGGGGACAACGCAGGGAUCGGUACAGUCGUCGUCAACAAGAGCUUGUUGCCACACAUUAAGUGGGUCCCCAGACAUGUCAUCAAUUCCUAUCCCGACGGAGUCUGGGGUGGCAGGUUUAAGUUUGGCGAUCCAGACUUCAUUGUACAUUGUUUCUCACAAAAAGGAGAACUAGUGAUGAGACCAUACCUUGAUGCUGCACUUCAUAGCGCUGGCUUGGAAACGCACACGAAUGUGACGAAUAUUUCUCAAGCAGCGGUGAUCUAGAACAAGACAACAACACAGACAAUGCAAAAUG